CAAACGCUUGAAACCAAGAUGGCAUUUUUCAAUCCAAGUUCCACUUUGUUUUGUAUUAUAUAUUUAAGAAGAUUGUGAAAGGGAAAGUAGCCUAUGUUUAAAAUUUUCUGAUUGUUUUGUGUUCAUAAAUUGUUGAAUAAGUUACUGUAAAAUAUGACGUAUAUUAAAUCAUGGGAAGAAUUUGAGAAAGCAGCUGAACAAUUGUAUUUGAGAAAUCCAAUGAAGGUACGAUACAUGAUGAAGUAUGUCAACAAGGAAGGCUGCCUUGCUCUGAAGCUAACUGAUGAUGUGAUUUGCCUGCAGUACAAGACUGAGAUACUCCAGGACCUGAAGAAAGUCGAGAAGCUGACUAACAACCUCAUGCGACACAUGGCCUCCAAAGAAUCCGUCGCUUGAACUGUCCCUCGAUGUGUUACUCUAUGCAUGUGCACCAAACCUGGACAUUAAAUCUUACUUUUUGUAUAUAAA